CCACCUCAUUCUCUUCUCACUCUCUCGAUUUUGCAAGGAUCUGUUUUCCAGCUCCGGGUUCAGUUUCGCGAAGGCUCGAUUGGGUACUCAAGCUAUCAACUUUCUGGUAUGGCGUACAUCUACUCACUACCCACUUCUUCAAUUUCUAUUCAUUUUCGCAUGCAUUGAAUGUCGAGUUGUCCCAUAUUCUAUUAGGGUUUUGAGGUAAAUUUGAUCUCAUUCAUCGGUGAGCUCCGAAUUUCAAAUUCUUUAAAAGUUUGUAAUUUCAGUUUUCUCUGGCUCACUUUGUUCGUUAUUGGUUGCAUUUCCCGAAGAUUCUGCUUAGUAAGAUCGCCAAAAGUGAUUAGGGUUUCAUUUCACCCGGGUGAAAUAUGCAUAGAGGUUGAAGAAGCUGGUAAAAGGGUAUUAUAGUAAGGGAUUUGUGGUAGUUCAGAUAGUGAGGGUAUAGAAAUGUCCAAGAGAAUCAGUAGAUAAAACAACUAAGGGGUAACGUUAAGGUAACUUGUUGAGUAUAUGUCGAUCAUAAUUUGAUCUCAUGACACCAAUGCUUUCUUUAUGAUAGAUGACAAGCGCAGCUUGGACAAAAAUGAGCUUUGCAAUCAAACAUAGGAAAAUAGAGUUGGGAGUGGGAGAAUCGGGGUGGAGUUGUGGUUAUUUUUUUAAAUAAUUGGAGAUUCUUCCUCACUCUCAGAAGGUGUUGUAUGCCUGCUAGUGUUCUGGAAAGGAUGAGGAGAUCAAAUUUAUUUUCAAUAUUGUUAUUGCUUUGGAGCUUCUUGGAGCAAAUGAGCAAUGGAGCUUGUGGAGCAUGGCUCACCUCAAGGAUUGCUCUAUUGGUUUGCUUCAUAGUUUUGGUUUUAUUUACUUUUGUUUGUGUAAUCAUUAGUGUAAUGAUGAUAGUUAGAUGUUUCAGGUUUAAGGCUCGGCUUCGGAAAUUAAUAGAUUUGCAUUUUGCUGAUGAGCUACCUUUUUUUUGUUUGUAGACGAAUUGUAUAAUUUCUCCAAUCAGAUAUGAGUAGUCGCUUUUCUCGCACAAUCUAUGUUGGCAACCUGCCCUCUGAUGUAAGGGAAUCAGAAAUUGAUGAUCUGUUCUACAAGUAUGGCCGCAUAAUGGAAAUUGAAUUGAAAGUUCCUCCUCGCCCUCCAUGUUAUUGUUUUGUUGAGUUUGAUAAUGCUCGAGAUGCAGAAGAUGCAAUUCGGGGUAGGGAUGGUUACAACUUUGAUGGCUGUCGAUUAAGGGUGGAGCUUGCCCAUGGAGGUAGAGGGCCAUCAUCAAGUGAUCGACGGGGGUAUGGUGGCAGUGGCGGCGGCGGUGGAGGCGGUGGCGGAGGAGGUGGUGGCGGUGGUGCUGGUGGGGGAAGAUUUGGUGUCUCUCGCCAUUCUGAAUUUCGAGUAAUUGUUCGUGGACUCCCAUCUUCUGCAUCCUGGCAAGAUUUGAAGGAUCAUAUGCGAAAAGCUGGUGAUGUUUGUUUUGCUGAAGUUUCCCGUGAUAGUGAAGGGACUUUUGGCCUUGUUGAUUACACUAAUUAUGAUGACAUGAAAUAUGCUAUUCGAAAACUGGAUGACACUGAGUUCAAAAAUCCUUGGGCAAGAUCAUAUAUUCGGGUGAAGAAGUAUGAGAGCAGUCGUUCAAGGAGCCGCAGCAGAAGCCCCAGCCGGAGCAGAAGUCCAAAAAGGGCUAGAAGAUCUUUGGGGCGAUCUGUGUCCAGGUCACGAUCUAUUUCUAGAUCCAGAUCAGCAUCACCAAUCAAGGCUUCAAGGCCAAAAUCACGAUCACGCUCACCCUCACGUUCAGCAUCUCCACGAUCACCACGCCAGGUUCUGUCAGGGAGUGGUUGAUUUUUGAUGAAUGGUGGUGAUCUCGGAAGCCCCAGCACUGUUCUGAGAAACAUUGGUGUAAUGUUUGAGAUGAUUUGAAUUGUUUAAUGGAUGAUUAUUAUACCAGAGUUAUUUUCAUGGUUAUUAGUUUAGUUAUUCUCUAGGGUUUAAACUAGACUUGACUUGCUACUCCUAUUUAGUCUUGUUUCUAUUGAACAUGAAUGUUGGAUAUUAGACUGGUUACUACUAUUAAUAUUCUAAGCAGUUUACCAGUGAACAA